AUGAGUGGUGGCUUGGCUCCCAGUAGGAGCACAGUUUAUGUAUCCAGCUUGCCAUUCUCCCUAACAAGCAACGACUUGUACUGGAUAUUUUCCAAGUAUGACAAAGUUGUGAAGGUUACUAUAAUGAAAGACAAAGAUACCAGGAAGAAUAAAGGGGUUGCAUUUAUUUUAUUCUUGGAUAAAGACUCUGCACAAAACUGUACAAGAGCAAUAAACAACAAGCAGUUAUUUGGUAGAGUGAUAAAAGCGAGUAUUGCUAUUAAUAAUGGAAGAGCUGCUGAAUUCAUCCGCAGGAGAAACUACUUUGAUAAAUCUAAGUGCUAUGACUGUGGGGAAAGUGGACACUUAAGUUAUGCCUGCCCCAAAAAUAUGCUUGGAGAAAGGGAGCCCCCAAAAAAGAAAGAAAAAAAGAAAAAAAAAGUACCAGAAGAAGAAAUUGAAGAAGUAGAAGUAAGUGAAGAAGAUGGGGAGGGUCCUGCUCUGGACAGUCUCAGUCAAGCCAUUGCUUUCCAGCAAGCCAAAAUUGAAGAAGAGCAAAAUAGAUGA